AUGGCCCACCAAAACACCAUCACCGUAACCCUACCCCAGGUAGCCAAAACUAUCGACCACUCCCUGCUCCACCCAACAAUGACCGACCAAGACAUCCACGCCGGCCUCCAAAUCGCCAAGAACCCCAACGUCGCCACCACCUGCGUAAAGCCGUACCUAAUCCCCCUCGCCAAGCAGGUACUCGCCGGCACCGACGUCAAGAUCUGUCCGGUAAUCGGCUUCCCCUACGGCAAAGUCAGUGCCCAAGCUCUGGUCCGGAGGAUGACAUGUCCACAGAGUCAGUUGAAUCUGGAGGAAGUGGAGGGGAAAUUUCUUCGCAUCUGGGACGUCCCUGGCUCUUGUCACUCCUGCCCUGAGAGAGCAUCUCCUUGA